AUGACCUCCAUCUCAGCAAGAGCGGUUGUAACCCAUCUGGUAAUACUUCAGGUCACCCUAGUAGGAAACGUCUUCUGUGGGAAUGUGCUUAUUUGGCCAACAGAAGCCAGCCAUUGGCUCAACGUUAAGGUCAUUAUUCAAGAACUGCUGCACAGAGGUCACAAUGUCAGCAUCCUAGUUCCUACAGGUGCCAUCUCCAUCAAACCCAGCGAUGAUGUAUCAGGUGCCACAUUUGAGGUUUACCCUGUGCCCUUCGUAACGAGCGACUACGAAGCCCUUAUCAGGGACAUCAUAAUGUUGUGGUUCAACCAUAUGCCCACCACGCUGACCUUCCACAGGUUCUACCAAGAGCUGGGGAAACUGAUGGAGAAAGCAGUCGUGCUCAACAGGCAAAUGUGCGAAGGGGUGUUGGCCAACCAGGAACUGAUGGCCCGGCUGACAAAGAGCCGAUACGACGUACUCCUUGUGGACCCUGUGACAAUCUGUGGUGACCUGAUUGCUGUGAAAUUGGACGUCCCAUUUGUAUACACCCUGCGCUUCACUCCGGCCUCAACGGUGGAGAGACACUGUGGGAAAAUACCCUCCCCUCCUUCGUACGCUCCUGCUACUCUGUCUGAGCUCACGGACAGAUUGUCGUUUGGGGAAAGGGUGAAAAAUUUGAUAUCUUACCACCUGCAGGAUUAUGUUUUCCAGACCUACUGGGGAGAAUGGGACUCUUAUUACAGUCAGGUUUUAGGUAAGCCUGUUUUUGUUUCUCCUCCUCCUCCUCCUCCUCAAAGCAGUAUUAUUUGGAAGAGCAGCUGCUCCGAAAAUGCAGAGGGUUUUUGGAGCAGUCCUUGGCAUAGCCAAUAAAAAGGGGGACCCAGGUUGCAGGACUGGAAAGGCCUCAUCCUGAGGCUUCGUGGAGCCACUAUCUUUUUUUUUUUUUAAUGAUAUUUAUUAAAGUUUCACAGAAAAGGAAUCACAUUAAUAAAAAAGAAAAAUUUGAGAAUAAAAAAAAGAAAUACACAAUGCAAAAUACAAAAAGAAAAAAGAAAAAACAGUUAAAAACAAUUCCGUCUUUUCAACACUUCUUUUACAUUUACUUGCUUCCGGAACCUCCUCAUACCUCCCUCUUUUGUAUUCCAAUUCAGUUUGUUAGUCCAGCAAUUUCUUUCCCUCCUUUUUAAUCCCAAUCCUUAAUCUUAAUAUAUUAUAACAUUAAGUUUUUACCUAUUAAAAACCAAUUUCUCCAUUCUUUUAACCUUUUAAAUCCUAAUCCUUAAUCUUGAUUAUUUAUAACUUUAAAGCCUGUACAGCUAGAAGCCACUAUCAGUUGGAGGUAGACGCUACCAAGCCAGGUAGUCUGGCCAACUGUAAUGGAAGGAGUAGCAGAUCUCGCCUACUUUGCUCUUUUAUUGCUUCACUGAGUUGCUCUGCCUUCUGUUCUACUUCUGUUCCUCCUUAAUACCUUAGGAGGGAUUCCAGAUAUUGCAACACCUCAAACAGGGCUUGAUCCCCACAGCAGUGCUGCAUUGGAGUCAAAGGGAUCUCUCCCAGCCAGCCUUCAGACAGAGGCGUAGGAAGGUCAGGUGGUACUCGGUGUGGAUAAUUUACUGUUGUCCCCCCAUUGAUUUUUUUAUUAUUAUCAUUUGCCUGCAAAAAUGGUUUUACGUUAUUUCAUAUUUUCAUACAAAGGAAUGUGGAUUCUGGGCCUCUGACAACAAGUAGGCGACUGUGAACAGAUACUUAAAUCUACAGGAUGGAUUGUGUUUUGGCUUGUGCUAUUUUAAUUAUAUUUAUUGUUUAUUUAAUAAAAUUUAUUUUUAAAAACCUGCAAAGUGGUUUGCCAAAACAAAAUAAACCUAUCAGUUAAUAUCUUGACUCUGCUCCACUGAACUGAAAUUUCAGCCUUCAAGACAUAGGAAAACAGCCAAGUAAACAUAUAUAGCUAUAUAAUCCCUAGUGUAGUAAGAUAAGACCUUUGGAGCAGACAUUUUCAAAAAAGUUUGUUAUGAACCGCCCUAGUAGGGCAGUAAUUGUUCCUUGAUAAUUUGUCAACCCCCCUCCAUGAUGGCACUGGGGCGACCCGCCCCCCUUCCUACGCCCCUGCCUUCAGAGAGCCUUCCCAAGAUGGAGCCCAGUCUUUGAUCUUUCCCCUUCUUCUUCUUUUUCCCAGCACACCUCGCUAAAGCCACCCUUUUCCUGUCACCCCACACCCUACCUUCCAAAUCCCUUGUCUCUAUACAGUAUAUAUCUUUUCAAAUUCCGCAGCAACCCUCACUCCACCUAAGGUAAAGGUAAAGGGACCCCUGACCAUUAGGUCCAGUCGUGGCCGACUCUGGGGUUGCGGCGCUCAUCUCUCUUUACUGGCCGAGGGAGCCGGCGUACACCUUCUGGGUCAUGUGGCCAGCAUGACUAAGCCGCUUCUGGCGAACCAGAGCAGUGCACGGAAACUCCGUUUACCUUCCCGCCGGAGUGGUACCUAUUUAUCUACUUGCACUCUGACGUGCUUUCGAACUGCUAGGUUGGCAGGAGCAGGGACCAAGCAACGGGAGCUCACCCCGUCGUGGGGAUUCGAACCACCUACCUUCUGAUCGGCAAGUCCUAGGCUCUGUGGUUUAACCCACAGCGCCACCUGCGUCCCCUUCACUCCACCUACCUGAUCAUAAACCCCCUUGAAUCCAGCAGAGCUUACUUCUGAGCAGACAUGUUUAAGAUUGCACUGUUGCUUUGCUUACAAGGGGCUCAAAGAGCCCAAUGUGUGAAGAAUAGCUCUAGAGUGCAGAGUGGGGUGGAUCUGUGGAGUCCAUAAGUUGCUGGAUUGCAAGUCGCAUCAUGUGCCAGCAUGCCCAGUAGUCAGUGAUGAUAGGAGUUGCAAGUCAGCAACUUCUGGAAGACCAUCCUUCCCUCACCCCAACCCUAGAAGCUGCAGAUUCCUCAUAGCUCUGCUGGAGUUCCCUACUUCCCUUGACGUCCUUCCUGAUAUCUUAGGUGGUGCCAGGAGUUGUUGCCAGCAGCUGAUCAAGAAGAUGUGCAGAUUAUUAUUAUUAAUAAUAAUAAUUUUUAUUUAUACCCCACCCUCCCCAGCCAAGGCCGGGCUCAGGGCGGCUAACAAGCAAUAAUAAAAACAAGUUGAAUGAAUACAACUUAAAAACAAGAUUAAAAUACAACAUUAAAAUAUUGAAACCUCGUCGCAGGAGGAGAAAGGAAAAGAAAAAGGAAAGAGGGGGAGGGAAUCAAAUUGGCUCCAAGCCAAAGGCCAGGAGGAACAACUCCGUCUUACAGGCCCUGCGGAAAGAAAUCAGAUCCUGCAGGGCCCUGGUCUCAUGAGGCAGAGUGUUCCACCAGGCCGGAGCCAGUGUUGAAAAGGCCCUGGCUCUGGUUGAAGCUAAUCUAACUUUCUAUUAAAACUAGAAAUCACACACACAUGUUUCAGGGCCUUUUCUCCUUGAUCAUAAAGGUUAGGAAAGAAGGGGGAGGGAGUUAGGACACUAAACAUAACCAUGAUGGCAUGCUCACAUGAUGAUUCCUCAGAGUCACUUUUUGGGGGACACCCCAUAGGCCAGUUUAAGAGGAUAUAUGUCCCUCCUGUCUUAACUCAGUUAAGUCUUAACUUAACUUUUUUUUGUAUUUUGUGGGGUGGGCGUUUGUAGAUUAUUAUUUCCACCUCCCCAACAAUGUGAGGGUAGAUGCGCAUGUUCUGGUUCUUAUACAAAACCAACAGACUGGAGUGGCAUUUAUUUCCUUGCCAAGGCUACUCAGUUUGCUUCAUGUGUGAAUGAGGAUUUGGAACCGAGACGAGGUCAACACUUUAUCCAUUCAGCAUCUGUCAGGGAAAUUCUUUUGCCAGAUCUCAACACCUUGGCUUCAUUUCUUCUUUGCAAAUCUGCAACAAUAGAGGGAGGACUAAAUGAAAAUGCCCCUAAACUGUAUGUUCUAUUAUGUUCUGAACACACUUCAUAUGGCAGACUUACCUAACAGCUUUUUUUUUAAAAAAAAAGGGAAUAAAAGACAGUAUGAGCCAUCUCGAUAUCUCAGCAGGUACAAAGAUUUCUUUGUGCCUGGAGAUUUGCUUACAUCACAACCCCCUUGACCCCCAUGCUUUCUGGUAAUUAGAUUAUUUUUACAAAUAGCCGAAGCUCAGGUUCCGUAAGCAAAAUACACACAGAGGAAUUUGACACUGCAGUUCACAUGCAGGCUUUGUUUCAAAUGGUCUGGUGUUUACUUGAUCUGCUUUGCAGUGGGGACAACGGUUUAUAUAACCAUUCCUGAUGGCUUGUGAACAGGCCUCCAAAAAGUUGGGUGUGUGUAUCUUGGGCUCCAUCCUGCACUUUGCAGGGUCUCUUCAACUCCCAUUGGCUCCUGUGCAAACCUGAGGAUUGUUAUCUUAUCAGCAGAAUUAAUUCCUGUUGCAGUUGGCAUACGUUGUAUGGCCCCGUGACCCCACAUUCCCUGAGCUUCUUAUCACUAUUCUGCUGCAGUCAGCUAUUUAUUUUCCAGUUCUAACAACACAGUGAUGGAAUGAAAAAAGAGAUGAUACAAUCAUCCCGCUGCUGUGAUCAGUGGUGCAGCGGGGGCCUGACCCAACCCACAGAGCUGUCUCCCACGAACAGCGGAUGUUGAGAUAGCAUGGACAUGCCAGGACCUCUCCUAAGCUGACCAUUGUGAUAGGAAUGUGCAAUUUUUGUUUACAACACCAUGGUUGCUCAGAGGUGGAUAUGGGGCUGGGUGAGGAGCCUCAGGAGCACUGCAGGGGGCGCUACAACUAUGACGUAAAAUUGUGUAUCAUUUCCCAAAAGCCUGUUGCUUUUUUACAAGUCUACCACGUAUGAAAAAAAUAACCCUUUGGACUGUUUGCAUUUCCAACAUUUACUUGAUACAGUCUUGUACAUCUCAGCCAGUUUAUUAGGUGUUAAAUACCAUCUGUAUAUCAUUUCCAAAUAGUUUUCCUUUAAUGUGUAACAGGCAGUAAAUUUCAUAUCUACUUGCCACAACUUUCCCCUUGCCGCCAUGUCAAUAUUACGUCCUAAAUAUUGCGGUUUCUCCACUCCUGAGUUACAGGCAAACAAUUUCAUAUGCUUUGAGCUCUAGGUGUGAAUAUUAUGGGCCAUAUGGAGAGUUCAGCUGAAGCCAUUGGAUGACUCAUUCAGAGUUAUUCCUGGAGAAAUAAACAAACUUGUCCACUGAGCAGAGAACCUGUUUUGUUACUUGCUGUAGGAGGAGUCCGGAUUUCGAAAGAACUAUGCUAUGUUAUCCCCAGCAGGAUUUUCCUGCGGCAGAGAACCUUUCUUGGAAAGUCUCUGUGCCAAAGAACGGCAAAGUUUAAGCAGGGUGGAGAGCAGUGAAAUUCAGGAGUACUCUGAACAAGCCCAGCCUGUCACAGUAACCUUUGAUCACCCUGAAUCUAGUGGAGGAAAGCCAGGACACAAUGGCAGCAAAAUGGCUGCUGGUGUUUUCCGUGGUUUGGGUGUUCUUUUGGGGCUCAGCCUCAGGUGGGAAUGUCCUCAUCUGGCCGGCAGACGACAGCCACUGGAUCAAUUUGAAAUUCAUCAUGAAUGAGCUCACAGCCAGAGGCCACCGAGUGACUGUGCUCCUGCCUUCAUUCUUCCGGAUAAUUGACCCCAGUGAACCUUCCCCUUUCCCGAUAGAAGUGAUAUCUGCUCCGUUUUCAAAGGCAGAGAUGGAAGAUCUCCUGCAGGACUACAUACAUCUAUGCACUUAUGGGAUCCGAGAACUUUCUUCCUGGGAAUUUUUCAGCAAGUUGAAUGCCUUAGUAACACACGUGAUGGGUCGAUACAAAACUGUCUGUCAUAUAGCUGUGACAAAUGAGAAACUGCUGGAGAAGAUGGAAUCAGCUGGUUUCGACGUUCUGCUUGCAGAUCCACUCAUUCCUUGUGCAGAACUGUUGGCUCAGAAGCUCCGGAUACCAUUUAUAUACACCUAUCGAUUCUCUUUUGGAAACACAGUGGAGCGUCUAUGUGGAUGUAUGCCAGCUCCUCCAUCCUAUGUGCCUGCUAGCACAGGGGAACUAACAGACAGGAUGUCGUUCACAGAGCGGGUCCGAAACAUGAUCUUUUACCUCUUCCAAGAUUUCUUAUUCCAGCACGUUCAAUAUAAAGGCUGGGAUGAGUUCUAUAGUGAUGUUCUAGGUAAGAGCUCGCUCCUCGUUCGGGUCAUUGUAUUUUUGACAUCAACAUCAAAAAGUGUUGUUUCACAUACACAUUUCUGUGCUGUGGUUUUCCUCUUUUUUGCCUGGUCCAUCACCCAGUCCAGCUCCAGUAUUGAGGUGGGAGAUGGCAGGGAAAGCAGAAUUUAGCAACUGAGCAUGGGGUAUGAAGCUCAUGCAAGAGAAAGAGGUGUUUCAGCUCCCCUUACCUGUACAUCUCUUUCUGAUGCUACGAUUGAACUCUGCCUCCCCACUUUGUAGAAGAACAGUGCAGAAAUGUAAGUAGUUAUUUUUUGCUAAUUUGUGGAUAUAUCACACUAAAAUGCAAGCAGAGAUGCACAUUGUUACCAUAUUUCAUAUAACGUCUGCUUAUAUUUCCUGUAUCCGUUGCCCACGUUUUGGGCUACAAUUUAAAAACAAGUAUUUUAUGCCUUGCUUGAGCCAAAAACUACAUGAUGAAAUUCUGAGAGGUGUGAUAUCUGACUCUAGCUGUUCUGUUCCAUUCUGUGCAGUGGUUUGUGAAAGUGUGAAUUGGUUUGGUCCACAUGGACCAAAUGAGACUGUCAAGCAGCCCCACCUGCUUGUGUCACCCCCUACAGCGAUCCUGCCUAGCUCAUAGCUGUCAACAUUCCCUUUUUUUGUGGGAAAUUCCCUUAUUCCAGUGCCGUUUCCCGCUGCUUCCUGCUGCUAUCCCGGAUUGUUAGAUAUCCCAUAGACUGUCCCCGGGACAGGUGAGGCUGCUGAUUCCUUAUUUUUGAGGCUGCUGAUCCCUUAUUUUCAAAUCUGAAAGUUGACAGCUAUGGCCUAGCUGCUGGCUGGAUCCACAAAGCACUCUGAUGGGGUGAGGGGGCAUGGUGGACUGGUGAAGUUGGGACCAUAUUCAGUGGUCUGAUGAGGCACAGGAGGUGGAGCGUAUAGAACGCAGGAGGUGGUGCUGCGGACAGGAGGAGGAAAGACACCUAGCCUGAGUUGGAAGCUGCUAGGCUCAGGACAAGGUAGAAAGAGGCGUGCUCUUAUGAGCCAGCCAGGAUUUCCCUGUACUUGACAGCCCAGCAGUGAGCAACCUCCCACUGCCUGAGGACCUGCUCAUCUUUACAGGUCCAGGGGGGCAGCCUGCCACUGCUGCUUCCUUCUCUCGCAGAGGCAUCACCCCAGGUGAGGGAGGCUUAGGUUCUCUGAGAGCAGGAGUGAAUCCUUACCCUUGACAUUUCUUCACCUAAGAUUACCCCUAGCCCUAGCUCUUAAGGAGUUCAGCCCUGAGUGCUCUCUGGAAGGACAGAUCCUGAAGCUGAGACUCCAAUACUUUGACCACCUCCUGAGAAGAGAAGACUCCCUGGAAAAGAUCCUGAUGUUGGGGAAGAUUGAGGGCACAAGGAGAAGGGGACAACAGAGGAUGAGGUGGUUUGACAGUGUUCUCAAAGCUACCAGCAUGAGUUUGACCAAACUGCGGGAGGCAGUGGAAGACAGGAGUGCCUGGCGUGCUCUGGUCCAUGGGGUCACGAAGAGUUGGACAUGGCUAAAUGACUAAACAACAACAACAACCCCUAGCCCUAUUGAUGUAACUAACUGGAGACAAUACAAGACUUGCCUUGUGAAACCGACUACCCACAUAAUCUUGUUCCUUGCACAGCAUCCCUUAGCAGUUGACACUGAUUCAUUUAACCACUAGCACCACAGAGAAUGCAUCCUCAUCUGCUGCACGAAACUGCAGGAGAUGUCAUCUUGGCCAAUAGCCAUCUUUACUCUGUCUUGGCAUGCAUCUCCCCACCUGUGUAUGCUAGAAACACUCUCUAUGUGUCUAAUUGUAGGCUUUAGAGGUCAUCAGAGCCACUGGGAAUGGCCCUAGCACCUCAGCAGCAAAGGAUAUUGGGUUGCCAGAGAUUUUUAGACCUAGCCCAACUCAGAGUAGACCUAUUGAGCUUAAUGGACAUGACGGACUACCUUAGAUUCUUUAAUAUCAGUGAGUCUGCUCUGGCAGGACUUUGUUAAAUAUCAACUAUUUUCUUUGAAAACGGCAGGUACCUUUGCAUUUGAGGCUGAUGUUUACGGUAGGUGUGGACUUUGGUCUUUCAAAUUUCAGCGGCGGCCUGCGAGAGGCCAAAAUCCAUCACAACCUCCAACCUUCCAUCUGCAUGUGCACUACGCCAUAGCUGCAAAGCCCUGCGAUGCCCCCUGUGGCAUGGUGACCAGUGCUGGGAAACUGGUCACGCUGCCCUCAAUCUGCCACUGUUCACAGUUGACCAGAAGAAACUAUGGUCCCACAAGCAAAAAAAGUUUCUCCAAUCCUGUGCUUAUAGGAAAACCAUUUCAUUUGCUUCAAGUUUUGUGCGAGAAUAUUAUGGACCACAUAGAGAGGUUAAGGUAAAGGACCCCUGACCAUUAGGUCCAGUCGUGGCCAACUCUGGGGUUGCGGUGCUCAUCUCGCUGUACUGGCCGAGGGAGCCGGCGUACAGCUUCCAGGUCAUGUGGACAGCAUGACUAAGCCACUUCUGGUGAACCAGAGCAGUGCACGGAAACGCUGCUUACCUUCCUGCCGGAGUGAUACCUAUUUAUCUACUUGCACUUUGACGUGCUUUUGAACUGCUAGGUUGGCAGGAGCAGGGACCGAGCAACAGGAGCUCACCCUGUCAGGGGGAUUCGAACCGCCAACCUUCUGAUCAUCAAGUCCUAGGCUCUGUGGUUUAACCCACAGCGCCACCCGCGUCCCCAUAGAGAGGUUACCUGAGAGUAAUUCCUAGUAAGACAAACCAAAGUGUAUAUUGAACAGAGAGGUUGUUUCGUAACUAGGCGGAGUAACAAUCACGAACCCACGUUUCGACAGGAUCAUGCUGUGUAACAGGAUUGUGCUGUAGCAGAAAACCACCUUUGCUUUGACGAACUCUGUGCCAAAGUACAGCAAAGGUGAAACAGGGAGGAGAGGCACUGCAUAAACCCAAGCCUGUCACAACCACCUUGGAGCUCUCUGAAUCAAGCGUGGGAAAGCCAGGACGCAAUGGCUGCAAAAUGGCUGCUGGUGUUUUCCGUGGUUUGGGUGUUCUUUUGGGGCUCAGCCUCCAGUGGGAAUGUCCUCAUCUGGCCGGCAGACGACAGCCACUGGAUCAAUAUGGAAUUCAUCACGAAUGAGCUCACAGCCAGAGGCCACCGAGUGACUGUGCUCCUGCCUUCAUUCUUCCGGAUAAUUGACCCCAGUGAACCUUCUCCUUUCCAGAUAGAAGUGAUAUCCGCUCCAUUCUCAAGGGCAGAGAUGGAAGAUCUGCUGCAGAACUUAGUAUAUUUUAUGACGUAUGAUGUUCAUGAACUAUCUUACUGGGAGUUUUUCAACAAGUUGUCUGACAUCAUAACUGUGACAAUGCAUCGGCAGAAAACUUUCUGUCAGAUGGCUGUGACGAAUGAGAAACUGCUGGAGAAGAUGGAAUCAGCUGGAUUUGAUGUUCUCCUUGCAGACCCACUCUAUCCUUGUGCAGAACUGUUGGCUCAGAAACUUCGGAUUCCAUUUAUAUACACCUAUCGAUUCUCUGUGGCAAACACAGUGGAGCGUCUUUGUGGAGGAUUGCCAGCCCCUCCAUCCUAUGUGCCUGCAAGCAUGAAGGCGCUAACAGACAGGAUGUCCUUCAUGGAGCGACUCCAAAACAUGCUCUUCUACAUCUCAAAUGAUUUCCUCUACCAUCAAGUUCUCUAUAAAGACUGGCAUCAGUUCUAUAGCGAUGUUCUAGGUAAGAUCCUGCUCCGAGUUUCGGUUACUGUAUUUUUGACAUCCGCACCUGUAAGUUCUGAUGCAUGGAGACAUGUCUGUUGUAUUGCUUUGCUCUCUAUUUUGCCUGGUCCUUCACCCAGUCUAGCUCCAGUACUGGAGUGGAAGGGGGAGAUCGAAUGGGGAUGGAAUGGGGAACAACAUGAUGGUGUUAGGCUUGCCUUCCUGGGCAGGUAAAGGUAAAGGGACCCCUGACCAUUAGGUCCAGUCGUGACCGACUCUUGGGUUGCGGCGCUCAUCUCGCCUUAUUGGCCGAGGGAGCCGGUGUACAGCUUCCGCGUCAUGUGGCCAGCAUGACUAAGCCGCUUCUGGCGAACCAGAGCAGAACACGGAAACGCCGUUCACCUUCCCGCCGGAGUGGUACCUAUUUAUCUACUUGCACUUUGAUGUGCUUUUGAACUGCUAGGUUGGCAGGAGCAGGGACCGAGCAACGGGAGCUCACCCUGUCACGGGGAUUCGAACCGCCAACCUUCUGAUUGUCAAGUCCUAGGCUCUGUGGUUUAACCCACAGCGCUACUUUCUGGGCAGAGCAUUCCACAAUUACUGCUCCCCACAUUAAAGGGGGGCGCCGUUUGCAUGGUCGCGCGCAGCCCCCUGGACCCUAUGUGGCACCAUUGGCACAGGCUUGGCUUCGCCUCCCCCCAGGUGGGAUACCUGGAUGUCUCCGCCUACCUCAGCCAGUUGCCCAAUCCCGCCUGGGGAGGCGUUGCCAAGGUGAUCGAGCCAGGUAGGGGGAGGGACUACCUGCCCACACAAUAGGGGGAGGACCUUACCUGGGAAUCGUCAGUUGGCUCCAGAUCUUCUCCCACCCUACCCACCCUCAGUUAAGACUUCUUUUGCAGAUUAACCUUUUCUCCGCUGGUACGCGGGCGCUGCUAUGUCAAGGUCGCUGUUGAAGGGCCAGAAAGGAAUUCUCUUGCAUUGGCAGGUUUGCCUUUCCCGUAGCAAAACGUCACAACUUUGGCGGUAUCAGGCCUUGGGUGGAAUCCUUUAGUCUAUCUUCCCUGAUAUAUUUAGCUGUGUCUUAUUGUAUCGGUUCAGUUUUAAAUAUUGUUCCCCACUCUGAGACUGCCCGCAGCAGUGCAGCAAUGGGACCGCCUCUCCUGGUCUGCCCCACAGAGGACCUUAAGGUCCAUGAAUAAUCAUAGUUUAGAGGUCCCGGGCCCCAAGGAAGUCGGAUUAUCCUCCACCAGGGCCAGGGCCUUCUCAGUGAUGGCUCCGACCUGGUGGAAUGCUCUGUCCCAUGAGACCAGGGCCCUGCAGGAUUUAACUUCCUUCCGCAGGGCCUGUAAGACAGAGCUAUUCCGCCUGGCUUUCAAUUUGAACUUAGCCUGAUCUUUUAUUCCCCUUCCUUCCCUCCCCCUCCCCUUUUUAUGAAGAUUACCCUCUCUGGGAUCCCACAGCUAAUUCUCCCCUGGUCUCCUCGCUGGCCCAAAUAGGACUAAUUUAGCCAGCUAGCCCUGGUGAUCAUCUAAUGUUUAUUGGAUGGAUUUCCCCCCAAAGUGAUUUUUGAAUUCUGAAUUUUAUUGUUGUUCACGUUUUAUACUGUAUAUGCUGUUUUUUGUUGCAUCAAUUAAGCAUUUUAAAUUUGUUGUUAGCUGCCCAGAGCUCGGUUUUCUGAACCGGGAAGGGCGGGGUAUAAAUAAAAAAUUAUUAUUAUUAUUUAUUAAUGAAGAGCAGGUGAUAAAUGUUUUAAAUGGAUGAACAAAUCCCACAAUGCCAUGCAGGUAAUCUUAUCAUUUCAUAGAAUCUUAAGAGUUGGAAGGGACCCUAAGAAUCAUCUGGGCCAAUCCCCUGCCAUUCAGGAAUCUUUUGCCCAUCAUGGAGCUUGAACCCAGAACCCUGAGAUGAAGACUCUCAUGCUCUACCAGCUGACCUAUCACAAUUAACUCAAUCAGUUAUGGAGUUUCCAUUCCAUUUCCUGCCUUUUGUGAAUGGCAGCCUAGUUUCAGAAACGAGCUGUAUAUUACAUGAAGAAUCUAGUAGAGGGAGUGACUUGACGUUAUCUUUUUGAAUAGCCUAUACAGUGGUACCUCGGGUUACAUACGCUUCAGGUUACAUAUGCUUCAGGAUGAGAACAGAAAUUGUGCUCUGGCAGCGCGGCAGCAGCAGGAGGCCCCAUUAGCUAAAGUGGUGCUUCAGGUUAAGAACAGUUUCAGGAUAAGAACGGACCUCCAGAACGAAUUAAGUACUUAACCCUAGGUACCACUGUACAGUGGAACCUCAGAAGUCAAAUGCCUUUAAACUCAAACGUUUUGGCUCCUGAACGAUCGAAAACCGAAAGUGAUUGUUCCGAUUUUCAAACGUUUUUCGGAAGCCAAAUGUCCAGUGUGGCUUCCAUGGCUCCUGCGGCCAAUCGGAAGCCGUGCCUUGGUUCUGGAACCAUUUCGGGAGUCGAAUGGCCUCCCGGAAUGGAUUAAAUUCGAGAACCAAGGUACUGUAUUGAAGCAGUCCAUUCCGGGAUUUGUUACAUGCCAUUGAUACUCGCCACAUAAAGGAUCUUUGCUCCGCUUAGGGCUGGGCAAAUUGACUCAUUAUUUAAUUGUGCAAUCAUCAGCUUGGGGUCAUUGUACCUCUGCUGGGGAAACGUUUCUGUUUGCCGCUAUGCAGGGGAAGAAGCUUCUCAUCCUAUUCUGGCUACAGGUGUGCUGUUGGGGCACCAGUUCUGGUGGGAAAGUUCUUGUCUGGCCCACAGAUGGCAGCCACUGGCUUAACAUAAAGAUGAUGCUCAAUGAACUGGCCUUGAGGGGCCACUCAGUGACGGUGUUGAUACCCUCAGCCUCUUACUUGAUCGAUCCGAAAGAGGCAUCAUCUUCCUCUUACCACAUUGAGGUCCUGCCCGUGACCUUCACCAAAGAGGAGGUGUCAGCUGCUCUGGAGAAAUUCCUGGAUGUAGCGACGUACGAGUUGCCCACGCUCCCCUUUUGGAAAGCUAUGCAGAAGAUGAGAGAAUUAGUUGCUUCCUUCGAAGAAGUGUCCAAACAGGUCUGCGACAGCAUUUUCCACAAUGAGACGCGGGUAGCGAGGCUGAGGGAGGAGGACUUUAGUGUCCUCAUCUCAGACCCACUGACACCUUGCGGUGACCUGCUGGCCGAGUUGCUUGGAAUCCCCUUUCUGUACACUUUGCGGUUCUCAGAUGGCAACAGCAUGGAGAGACUCUGUGGACAACUCCCAGCUCCUCCUUCCUACGUCGGUGCCAGCACUGGAGCGAUGAGUGACAGGAUGAGCUUUGUUGAGAGGAUGAAAAAUUUCCUCUUCUAUGCUUUCAAUGAUGGAUUUUUCCUGUAUUCCUUGGCAAGUGAGUGGGAUCGAUAUUACAGCGAGAUUUUAGGUAAGUGUACCUAAAACUUUACGGAACGCGGGUGGCGCUGUGGGUUAAACCACAGAGCCUAGGACUUGCCAAUCAGAAGGUCGGCUGUUCAAAUCCCCGCGACUGGGUGAGCUCCCGUUGCUCGGUCCCUGCUCCUGCCAACCUAGCAGUUCGAAAGCACGUCAAAGUGCAAGUAGAUAAAUAGGUACCGCUCCGGCGGGAAGGUAAACGGCGUUUCCAUGCGCUGCUCUGGUUCUCCAGGAGUGGCUUAGUCAUGCUGGCCACAUGACCUGGAAGCUGUACGCCAGCUCCCUCGGCCAAUAAAGCGAGAUGAGCGCUGCAACCCCAGAGUUGGUCACGACUGGACCUAAUGGUCAGGGGUCCCUUUACCUUUACCUUAGGCAAACUUUAGGGUUUUUGUUCUUCAGAGGUGCCAGGGUUUUAUUUAUCCAAAGUUACAGUCAGAUGCUCUGGGGCAGGCUGUGGCUCAGUGGCAGAACAUCAGGUUUGCAUGCAGAAAGUUCUCAGCAUCUCCAGGUAGCUGUGAGAGAGACCCCUGGACAGCCCUUGCCAGUCAGUGUGGACAGAAUUGAGUUAGAUGGACCAAGGCAGUAUAAGGCAGCUUCCUAUCUUCUGUUGCUUCCACCCCAAAAAGUUGAAAAUGUUAUCAUCUUUGGCCAACAGGGUCUGCUGUUGUUUGCUGUUGAUUUGUGGGGCUUUGAAGUACGCGGAAAAAGAUUACAAAACCUGUUUGACCAUAGAUGAUAACGGGACAGAGAAAUAUGCAUGGCAUGAGCAACGGUGGCUCAUCUCAUUUUACUUUAAACAAGCCAGGAGUCAUAAAACCAGUAACAAGCAGCAGUUUGAGGCUGGCUUGUGAUCCCAGUAGCACUGAGCCAUCCCCUUCCGGGUUUGUUUACUUGCUGGCAGCAGCAGGGGAGGAGCCAAGUGGCAGCAAGUGGGCUGUGCACCCACCAUAGUUCUGGUUUCCUGUUAAUGUGAUAAAGUGGAAGCUGAGGCUGGUGUCACGGACUGGCUGGAUGCAGAGUAGUGGGAGGCACCAGCUGGGGAACCCCCAAAGGAAGAAGGCUCAGAGCCCAGGGGGUGGGAUGGGAAGACAGUGAGUGGUUAGAGGGAGAAGAAGGAGCAGACCGGGAGGAGGUGGUGUUGGAAGCUGAAGAGACAACAGGGUUUAGUGAGCAGGAAGAGGCUGUGGAAGAGAGCAGUUCAGACACAGAGGCAGAAGUGGAGGCUGGAGAAGAGGAGGACCAUGAAGCAGAGAUGAGGGAGGCUGCUGAAGAAACCAGGAGGUCUCCCCCUCCUGCUGUGACCAGCUCCCCUCCCGCCUGGUCACCCAGAACCAGAAGAAGUAUGAAGAGGAUGGGGCAAAGAUAAGCAUGCCAGUGGAUUCUCAGAUUGCUUGGAAAGUACUCAGGGGAGGAGGAGACUUAGGGAGCUGUUGGGAAGGUGGGGACACACAGAAAGGAACGGCCUCACAGGGGCAAGAUCUACCGGGAAGAGUUGCUGUGCUCAGUAGGCCUGGCCUCCUGAGCCAACCAUGAUUCCUUGAAUAAAGAGUUAACUUUACUGAUGCCGUCUGAUUUACUGCCGACCGGCUCCUGACACCUGCCAACCGAGAUACUGGACUCUUGAGGGGUGCAUUUUUAAAAGUGUAACCAAAGAGAUACGAAGGCUAACUCAGCCCUCCUCAAUGAACAACCAGAUGUUUGGAGGUGGUACAGUAUAUAUCCCUGACCACCAGGUGCUGGGAAAGGAGAGAGGGAAGCAGAGAGGUAUUGCCUUCAAGCCUAGCUUGGAAACUUGCUAGAAGCAGAUCUGCCCAACCACUGCUGCAAACACCAGGCUGGGCUAAAUGGACUUCGGUCUGAUCCUGCAUUGCUCCUCUUUUGCUUUCAUCGUAAGUACAGGAGGGCACUGGGAAUGUUUUUGGCAGCGGAAGAAUGGGAGAAAUAUGACAGAAUUGGGGCAGUGGAAGACAACAAUUAUGUGAGAUAUAUAGGAAUGACUUGUGAGCAGAAAGUGAUCCUUCCUGAAAAAUAAACGUUGUGUUUCCUUUUCAAUACAGUGGUAAUUACCCUGAGGUACCACUGUAUUAGGUGUUUCUUAUUCCUCCCUUUUCUUAAAAAAAAUAUUCAAGAUGGUUCAUUCCAAACUCUUUCCUAGUGGGUCACUGAGAAUUUGCCCAUAAGGUCUCAAAAACCCUGAGAAAUGAAGCUUCAGCCAGCCUCCCUCAGCCUGGUUCCCUCCAGAGGUUUUGGACUACAAUUCCCAUCAGCCCCAGUCAGUGCAGACAUUCUGGUCGAGGCUGAUGGACUCUGUAGUCCAAAACUUCAGGAAGGAGCCAAGUUGGGGAAAGCUGAUCUAAGCAGAUUGGAAACAAGAGUGAUGUGCCUUCAGCCAUCAACACUGAUUUUGAAGCAGUGGGUUCUUUCAGCUAUUACGCAACCGUGAGCUUGGGUGUGCCUCUGAAAGAGUAUCCACCAAGGAGCCAAAGCCAAUCCUAAGAAGCAAGCAUGUGCAGUACAUCCAUUUCUGCAAGCUCAGUCCCCUGUUGUGGUUCACAUUUAUUGUCUUCUUUUUUCAGGUGCACCGUACACAGCUGAAAUGUAAUGUCUGAACCACAGUAUUUCUGGAAGCAAGUUUGCCAAAGCUGUUGAAUCUGGGAAGAAGAGUCGAGCUGAAUUUAACCCCCUUCCUUUAUCUCACUCAACAGGGAGACCCACAACAUUAUGUGAAGUGAUGGGGAAAGCAGAGAUCUGGUUGAUUCGCACCUACUGGGACUUUGAAUUCCCGCGGCCUUUCCUACCCAAUUUUGAGUUUGUGGGGGGUCUGCACUGCCAGCCAGCCAAGCCUUUGCCAGAGGUAAUUCCCUCCUUUGCCCGUCAACUGGUCAUGGUAUUGGAGUUCUGAACACCCUCCAGAAACUGGGUUUUGCCCCUCAAGCCCUUCUAAGUCUGGGCUUGGGCCAGGCAAAAGCCACGGUCAGGCAAAGAAUAUUGGAUACCGACAGACAACAGGACUGCGCAAGGUGCCCCGACUAUAAAAUUGGAGAAAUUGAGAGAUACAUAGCCGCACCGGCAGCAUAUCUCUCCUUUCUCGUAUCUAGAAAUGCAAUAAGGGCCUUUACACUUGCCAGAAGUGUGGCUCUUCCCUCGCCGGUCCUGGAUGGAGCCUUUAGAAAAGUCCCCUAUGCCCAGAGACUUUGCACCUGUCCACUGGGAGAGAUAGGAAGCCCAGAACACUUGUUCUUUAAAUGUCCCUUUUACGAAGAGGCACGCAGUAAGUUCAUUGAUCCCCUACUGGUGAGGCUUGCUGACCUCCCACAAAAGCAAAAAUUUGACCUUUUGCUGUUAGGCAAAGACCAGAAGGCGACCUGGAUGGUCGCCAGAUUCUGUGUACAAAUCUGUAGACGCAGACCAUCGCCCAACUCAAAAUAGUCCGGCAUGAAUAUCCCCAAACCCGGUUCCAUGGGUGACUCUGAGUCAACUCCCUGGGAUAGUUUAUUGUUGCACACUGUGUCUAAAUUUAUUGUUGUACAUUGUUUUAAUUGUCUGCUUUAACCAUAUUUGCACAUCAGUUUCUAAUACUGUGAGUGUCCUCUAUUUCAGAGGCUUCUACUCUGCAGCCUCUUACAGUUGUUUUAACUGAGAGUCUUUUAGUUCUUACGCUCUUACAGUUGUUUUAACUGAAUGUUUUUAUUUGUUUUUAGUUUUUAUGUUUUAAUUAUCAGUUUUUAUCCAUCCAUUAUCCGUGUUUAAUCUUGUAUUUUAUUCAGAUGUUUUAUCCUAUGCUCGUUUCUUUGCCCUUAUUUGCUCCAAAAUAACUGGUCAUGGGAAUCGUGCCUAGUUCUCCUUCAAAAUACCACCAGGAAAGGGGAGGACAUGUGGUGGCAAGGACAAGUUGUUGUUGUUUAGUCGUUUUGUCGUGUCCGACUUAUCAGGCACUCCUGUCUUCCACUGCCUCCCGCAGUUGGGUCAAACUCAUGCUGGUAGCUUCGAAAAACACUGUCCAGCCAUCUCGUCCUCUGUCGUCCCCUUCUCCUUGUGUCCUCCAUCUUUCCCAGCAUCAGGGUCUUUUCCAGGGAGUCUUCUCUUCUCAUGAGGUGGCCAAAGCAUUGGAGCCUCAGCUUCACGAUCUGUCCUUCCAGUGAGCAUUCAGGGCUAAUUUCCUUAAGAAUGGAUGGGUUUGAUCUUCUUGCAGUCCAUGGGACUCUCAAGAGUCUCCUCCAGCACCAUAAUUCAAAAGCAUCAAUUCUUCGGCGAUCAGCCUUCUUUAUGGUCCAGCUCUCACUUCCAUACAUCACUACUGGGAAAACCAUAGCUUGAACUAUAUGGACCUUUGUUGGCAAGGUGAUGUCUCUGUUUUUUAAGAUGCUGUCGAGGUUUGUCAUUGCUUUUCUCCCAAGAAGCAGGCAUCUUUUAAUUUCGUGGCUGCUGUCACCAUCUGCAGUGAUCAUGGAGCCCAAGAAAGUAAAAUCUCUCACUGCCUCCAUUUCUUCCCCUUAAUUACGUAUACGUGGAGGAGGAUGGCUUUCUUUCAUGGGCUUGCUCUGAAUAUCAGCUCCAAAUCUGAGGUAGUUGGUGGUUUCACAGCAUCCAUAUCUGACGGUUUAUCAAGGGGCAAAUUCAGGGGUGACAUUCAGAGUGGAAGCCUGGAAGAUGGACAGAUCUGACACGGAGGACACAUUCUAUCUCAGGCUUCCUCAACCUCGGCCCUCCAGAUGUUUUUGGCCUACAACUCCCAUGAUCCCUAGCUAGCAGGACCAGUGGUCAGGGAUGCUGGGAAUUGCAGUCUCAAAACAUCUGGAGGGCUGAGGUUGAGGAAGCCACGGCUAUCUUCUGUUCACCCCAGUGGAGCUUGUGCAGAGACAUGGAUUGUUUCCCAUGUUUAUGUGGGGAUGGAUUCUGGUCUGGGUUUCAAUCCAUUUCAGAUUUCUCUAGAAGCGGCAAAGAGAUUGCAGUUGGGGGCUGCAGAUGAUUAACCUGCCAGCAUCACGUUCGCUUCCGAAAGUCGAGUGGGCAAAUAUGUCGGUCCCACUCAAGCCCCAGACAUAUUUAAGCGCAAGGUGGGGUGUAGCAAAAGGCUGGGAAUAGGGCUCAGGAGCCAUCAGAGUGCUAGGAGGGCCCUCAAGUCAGCAGCUCAGCAGCUAAAGAGAGCCAGUGUGGAGAGCCAGUGUGGUGUAGUGGUUAAGAGUGGUAGACUCGUAAUCUGGUGAACCGGGUUCGCUUCCCCGCUCCUCCACAUGUAGCUGCUGGGUGACCUUGGGCUAGUCACACUUCUCUGAAGUCUCUCAGCCCCACUCACCUCACAGAGUGUUUGUUGCGGGGGAGGAAGGGAAAGGAGAAUGUUAGCUGCUUUGAGACUCCUUUGGGUAGUGAUAAAGUGGGAUAUCAAAUCCAAACUCCUCUUCUUCUUCUAAAGGGCCACCCUUACCACACAGCCCCAAGAAAGAGGCUUUAGACCAUGGGCCAGGAAUGGCUCUGUGAAACAACAGUCCAUUGUAGGCAACUCCAGGAAAGACCUUAGUUAUCAUUUCCCCUUUAGGACUUUAGAACUGAUAAAGUUAGACUAGGCCAGGUAUUGAUAUUGAUCUUGUUGUCAUUAUUAUAUUCAGGGCUAGCCAACCAGUUUACUUAAUUCCCUCCCCAAUCUCUCUCUCUCUCUCUCUCUCUCUCUCUCUCUCUCUCUCUCACACACACACACACACACACAAGGUAGAUUAGAUUCAACUUGUCAAAUAAGGCAAGUUGACAAAGCAGAGUAAAACUAUAUAUGAACUGCAAUUCAUAAAGCUAUAAAAUAUGCUCCCAAGAUUUAAUACUUGACAACCGUAACAGGAAGGAGAAGCAGUUUUUGCCCUUGUUAUCAUCAUAAAUACCAUAGGCUUAGUAGUACAAAAACACUUCAUUAACUGAAACCUGAUAUUUAUUAUUAUUAGUAGUAAUAGUAGUAUAUCUCUCAAGGUAAUUCUCAAAAACUGGAAGAUGAAUUUCAUGUAUCGCUGGGGGACACUGCCACCUUAUGAUGAAUGAUGGAAUUCCACUGACGUUAAACAAAAAUGUAUCUUUCUCACAAAUUAAAUUCCUCACUACUGUUGUCUUCUGCAUUUUAGUUAUUUUCUCUCUCUCUCUCUCAGAAGUUGGGGACCUGUGGCCCUCCAGACGUUGGUGUGCUCCAAAUGUUAGACACUCUCCUUUACUUAGAAGAUCUCUCCCAUUUCCCAGUCAGCACGGCCAAUGUUAUGGAUGUUAUUACAGCACAACUGAUAAAAUAAGCCAAGAAAAAAUGGAUUACCACAGCUAGUCAUGUAUGCAUUUCAAGCAGCAGAGGGAACGUUACUUUUAAUUGCUUUUGCCUUUUAAUAGGAAAUGGAAAAAUUUGUCCAGAGUUCAGGAGAACAUGGCAUUGUGGUCUUCUCCCUGGGCUCAAUGAUUAAAAACUUAACAGAGGAAAAGGGGAACAUGAUCGCAUUGGCCCUCAGCCAGCUUCCACAGAAGGUAUGUUUUCUUGGAUGCCUGCUUCAUGCUGUUUGGUUAUAUAUGUGUGUGUGUGUGUGUGUGUGUGUGUGUGUGUGUGUGUGUGUGUGUUGUAUGCUGGACUUUGGAAAAGUGUCCACAAUGCUUCAGUUGGGAAGAAAGUGAGAGAGGCUAGGGUGUUCCUACUACUGAUAAAAUACAGGGGUCAGCAAACUUUUUCAGCAAGGGGCCGGUCCACUGUCCCUCAGACCUUGUGGGGGGCCGGACUAUAUUUUGAAAAAAAAAAAAUGAACAAAUUCCUAUGCACCACAAGUAACCCAGAGAUGCAUUUUAAAUAAAAGGGCACAUUCUACUCAUGUAAAAACACGCUGAUUCCUGGACCGUCUGCAGGCCGGAUUUAGAAGGCGAUUGGGACAGAUCUGGCCCCCGGGCCUUAGGUUGCCUGCCCAUGGAUAAAAACAUGCUUGCAUAUUGGGUGCGUGGGAAAUGGCUGUCUCUGUAGAAUUCAGCGGCCAGGUUGCUCACCAAGGCAAGAUGGCUUGAGCUCACCAAUCCUGGUCCAACUACAUGAGCUGCCAGUUAGCUUCCAGGCCCAAUUAAAAGUGUUGGGUUUUGACCUAUAAAGCCUUAAACACCUCAAGACCACAAUACUGAAAGAAGCGCCUCUCUCCAUAUGUACCAACCAUCAGGGGUUGGCAAAGUUUUUGUGGCUUGGGCUGGUUCAUGGUCCUGCAGAUGCCAUAGUGGGCUGGAGUGCGCGUGCAUGCGCAAACACUAUUUCCGGCGCGGAGGAGGCGUGCGCAGCUUCCCAUUGGCUGCAGGAGGCUCCUGCAGCCAAUGGGAAGCCGGCCAGCAUCAUGGAAGGUGGUCCCUGCUCUGCUCUGCGCCAGUUUAGCACAGUGCACGGUUGCCAACCCCUGAAUGAGAUCAUCAUCUGAGGCCAUUCUCCAUGCGUUCCCUCCAUGAGAAGUUUGGAACGUGGCAAGAUAAGAACAGGUCUCUUCUGUGGCGAUGGAUGCCCUUUAACCAACUGUGGCCUUUUAGAAAUGGGUGAGAUGAUUUUAAUGCUCUAGUUUUCUAUGUGGGGUUCGUUUGUAGGUUGCUUUGGGUUGCCUUGGGCAAGAUAAAAUGACUAACAAAUUUAAUAAAUAGUAGUUGUCAUUAUGGUCCCCUUAUGUGAUUUCAGUUUAUGGUGAUGUCCGAGAGGAUAUCAUAUGCAAUUGCUAUCUAUGCUGCUAUCAAAUGUGGAAUUUUAACCUUAUUUUUGCAUUUGACUUUUGUUUGUGAUAUUUUAAGGAUGCUAUACUUCUCUGAAAUAUGAAGCUGUUUAUAUAUAUUUGAAGUUAUUUGUACACACACACAUACACUUCCCUUUAACAUAGUGGGUGAGAGGCAAAAGUUACUUUGCAAAUGAUGUACUAAUUCUUCUGGGAAAAGAUACAUGGGAGUAAAUGUCCAUUGAAUACUAAUACAGUGGUACCUCGGGUUACAGACGCUUCAGGUUACAGACUCCACUAACCCAGAAGUAGUACCUCAGGUUAAGAAAUUUGCUUCAGGAUGAGAACAGAAAUCGCGCGAUGGCAGCAGGAGGCCCCAUUAGGUAAAGUGGUGCUUCAGGUUAAGAACAGUUUCAGGUUAAGAACAGACCUCCGGAAUGAAUUAAGUACGUAACCAGAGGUACCACUGUAUGGGACAUAAAAUAACAUUGGAGAAAGUUUAGCUAAAUAAUAUAUAAGACAUAAUAUAAAUAAGUAUACUCCUCACAUGGGACGUGGGUGGCGCUGUGGGUAAAACCUCAGCGCCUAGGACUUGCCGAUCGUAUGGUCGGCGGUUCGAACCCCUGCAGCGGGGUGAGCUCCUGUCAUUCGGUCCCAGCUCCUGCCCACCUAGCAGUUCGAAAGCACCCCUAAGUGCAAGUAGAUAAAUAGGUACCGCUUUAUAGCGGGAAGGUAAAUGACGUUUCCGUGCGCUGUGCUGGUGCUGGCUCACCAGAGCAGCUUCGUCACGCUGGCCACGUGACCCGGAAGUGUCUGCGGACAGCGCUGGCCCCCGGCCUCUUAAGUGAGAUGAGCACGCAACCCCAGAGUCGGUCACGACUGGCCCGUACGGGCAGGGGUACCUUUACCUUUAUACUCCUCACAUUUUAAAUAAACAUCAUUAUGUCUAGGAUGGGGUACAAUCUCAACCAGGGCACUACAUAUUAAUAGAUCAAUGAACAGAAUAGAACUUAAGUCUUGUUGGCCAUUUAAAAUAUUUGAGCUUUUCAAAAAGAAAACGGUUCUGUUUUUUGUGUAAAGACAAAAAACCCCCACAACUGCUGAAGAACUGGUUUUUAUAGAGAGCAUUUAAGCAUAUACUUAAGCAAUGUGCUUAAAAAAAUCUUCGGCUUUAGCUGUAUUCAUGCUCAAUGUUUUAACUUUUAAUCUUUUUCCUUCGUGUUGAUAAAAGGUCAAUAUAACCUGUGGGCCAGCAUCAAGCUUAAUCAUCUUUGCCAUUAUUCUUUCAUUUCUCCCCGCCCACCCCCCAAUCCCAGGUCCUGUGGCGCUACAAAGGAAAAAGGCCAGACACAUUAGGAGCCAACACCAGACUUUAUGACUGGAUCCCACAAAACGACCUUCUUGGUAAGAGAUCUUAUGCUGCAAACAUUGCCUUCAUUGCUCCAUUCUGACAAUUGCUAGGAAAUAUAUCCUCUGCAUUUCCAUGUUGGAAACUACACACGCAAAGCACUGUGGAACCCACAAAAUGUAUUUGAAAACCCGAGUUUCCAAGUAUUCAUAAUUUGGGUGACUGCAAAAUAUGUGCAUUUUAGAAAGCGCUAUUUUGUGCUUGAGCGCUGAAAAUUCUUGAAACACAUUUUUGUGUGUGUGUGAAUGGCAAUAUUGAGGGAUUGUAUGUCAACUGGACUAAGCCUGAAUGCUGUAAACAAUAAUCAGUUGCAAUAAUCUGCUUUUAUCAGAUGGAGUCCAGAUCUUAAAGCAUUGUCAUCUUUGGAUAGCCCUGAUGGUUAGAGAGUGGUGCUGGUUAACACCAAAGUUGAAGGUUUUAGCCUUGUAUGGGACAGCUGCACAGGUCAAGACACUCAUAACUUACAACAUUAACUAUAUUGCUCUGUUUUCCUUUGAACCACAUCUGUGAGGCCGAGCCCAGGACCUCCACACACACUGCCCAGGCUUGCACCCCAGAGAAGUCACUUCAGUGCUGCUAACGCAGACGUUGGAAGGCAGCAGUUACAAGUUACAGUAGUACCUCGGGUUACAUACGCUUCAGGUUACAGACUCUGCUGACCCAGAAAUAGUACCUCAGGUUAAGAACUUUGCUUCAGGAUGAGAACAGAAAUCGUGCUCCGGCGGUGUGGCAGCAGGAGGCCCCAUUAGCUAAAGUGUUGCUUCAGGUUAAGAACAAUUUCAGGUUAAGAACGGACCUCCAGAACAAAUUAAGUACUUAACCUGAGGUACCACUGUACUGGUCUUCUACUGCGCUUUGACUUUACUCCCAGGGGUGCACUCCAUUGUUUCUUGAGACAGACAGAUGCCAACAAGUUACUAUUCUGGUCUCAUGUUAUCAGCAGCUGGAGUUGUAAUAGUUUGGAGGUCUCAGCAGGAAUCAACUGACUACUAAAAGGUAAAGGCACCCCUGACCAUUAGGUCCAGUCUUGGACUCCGGGGUUACAUCUCGGUCUAUAGGCCGAGGGAGCUGGCGUUUGUCCGCAGACAGCUUCCAGGUCAUGUGGCCAACAUGACUUAAGCCGCUUCUGGCGAACCAGAGCAGUGUACAGAAACGCUGUUUACCUUCCCGCUGGAGCGGUACCUAUUUAUCUACUUGCACUUGACGUGCUUUUGAACUGCUAGGUGGGCAGGAGCUGAGACUGAACAACCGGAACUCACCCCUGUCGCAGGGAUUUGAACUGCUGACCUUUCGAUCAGCAAGCCCUAGGCGCUGUGGUUUAGACCACAGCACCACCCGUGUCCCCAACUGACUACUAGUGGUUUAUACCUUUUAAUUACCAUGAUCGCCCAUAUUUUUCUCAACUGACUACUAGUUGAGAAAAAUAUGGGCAAACAUGGUAAUCAAAAGAUAUAAACCACUAUAGUCGUACCUUGGAAGUUGAACAGAAUCCAUUCCAGAAGUCUGUUUGACUUCCAAAACGUUCUCAAACCAAAGCACGGCUUCUGAUUGGCUGCAGCCAAUCGAAAGCCGUGGAAGCCCCGUCGGAUGUUCGGCUUCCAGAAAUAGUUCACAAACCGGACAGUCACUACUGGGUUUGCGGUGUUCAGGAACAAAAACAUUUGAGAACUAAGCUGUUCGAAAACCAAGGUACGACUGUAUAGGAUGGGGAAAUUUAAACAGAUAUUUCAAUGAAAUUAGGUAUUUUGGGGUCUUGGAACUAGUGAAAAAACAGCAUGCCAUACACACAGUAUGCAGUAUCAAAAAAAAUUUGGGGGGUACAUAUAUGGGAAAAUUUAUGAAUGAUUCCUUAUCACAUUUUACCCAUCUUCCCAUUCCAGGACACCCCAAGACGAAAGCCUUUAUAACACACGGUGGAACCAAUGGGAUUUAUGAAGCUAUUUACCAUGGUGUUCCCAUGGUUGGGAUCCCCAUGUUUGCUGACCAACCCGAUAACGUUGUGCACAUGAAGGCAAAGGGGAUGGCUGUACAGCUGGACAUUCAUACAAUGAAGACAGAAGACUUAGUGGAUGCCGUGAACACUGUCAUUCACAAUGCCACGUGAGCGAGACACAGAUCGCCUUCUCUAUACAAUGCCUAGAGCAAGCUAGGUCCUUCAGCAAUAGGUUUUGGAAAAGAAAAAUGUAGCCGAGAAAUCGUUAGCACAUAUUAUUAAUAUUCUAUAGCCAAGCCCAUUCCCACCUGACUCCAUUUCCUCCUGCCCUGCUGUGGUCGUCUUCUUGCCACAAGUGUUUGCUUCUACCACGUUGGGAUACAUUUUCUCUUGCCAAACCACAUUUGAAUCUAGCGCCUUCUGACUUUUGUCCUACUAUGGAACUCAAGGCUUUUGCCCCCAAACACCUCUUGCCCUCAGUCUGAGGUGCAGACGACCCCGAAAGGCAAGAACCGUAUUUUUUGCUCUGCAAGACUCACUUUUUCCCUCCUAAAAGGGGGAAAUGUGUGUGCGUCUUAUGGAGCGAAUGCAGGCUGCAUAGCUAUCCCAGAAGCUGGAACAGCAAGAGGGAUUGCUGCUUUCGCUGCACAGUGAUCCCUCUUGCUGUUCUGACUUCUGGGAUUCAAAAUAUUUUUUUCUUGUUUUCCUCCUCCAAAAACUAGGUGUGUCUUAUGGUCUGGUGCGUCUUUUAAGGCGAAAAAUACGGUAUAUCUCGUUUCCUUCUAUUCAGUCCCCCAUAUGGUUAUGGAGCCAAAAGUACCACUGCGACAGUAGUCAAUCUCUUCAGUCUAUGUUUUUCUGGUGCCCGUCAGUCACUCAUUCAGAUUUUUUGCCACAAAUGACACUACCAGUCUACAAAAUGCACAUAGCAUGUUUCUGGAACAUUCACAAGGCCACUUGCCUAAGAAAACCAGCAGAAGUUAAAGGCAAAUCAGAGCAAUGUUUUCCCUUAAUUUCCUUGUGUUAUUUGCCAUAAUACAUUAGUUAGUAGGCUGCCACAACAGUCUUGUUUUUAAAUCCUGGGAGCAAUUAAAGACUGCAGUCCUCCGAGUUCUGGCUCUAUACUAAUUUGUUCUUGUUUCUCUAUCUUCCUCCAGAUAUAAGGAAAAUGCAAUGAGACUGUCACAGAUCCACCAUGACCAACCGAUAAAGCCGCUGGACCGGGCUGUCUUUUGGAUUGAGUUUGUCAUGCGCCACAAAGGUGCCAAGCACUUGAGAGCAGCUGCCCAUCACUUGACCUGGUACCAAUAUCACUCCCUGGACGUCAUUGCCUUCUUGAUCGGUUGCAUGGCAGUUUUCAUAUUCAUUGCUGUUAAAUGCUGCUCAUUUUUUUGUCGGAAAUGCGGCAGGGCCCUUAGGAAAACAAAAACAGAGUAA